AACAGGGAUUUCCAGUGUUUUCCACAGUCAUUCUUGCAAAUCAUGUUGUUGUGAGAGAUUGCAAGGAAAUAGUGCAGUCUUUAACUGAUGAAGAUAUUGCUAGUAUAACCAAGCUUUCAAAAGAUCAUCGUAUUGGUGAAAGAAUUGUUGCUAGUAUAGCACCAUCCAUUUAUGGGCACG